UCCCUUGCUAUGGACGAUGAAAUCAAAAGACCCGCUAAACGAAAAGCAUUAGAAAAAUCUCCCGAAUCACUACAUGUUGCAUUGCCCGGAUGGGUGUCGGAUUGGAAAAGAUCGGAUUUGAGUCUUCUACAUAUUUAUUAUGCACAGGAUUUCUUAGAUGAGCCAUUUGAUGUGUUAUCAAAAAUACCAGCGCUCGUCGAAUUGAAAAGAUGUCAAAAAGAAUAUAUCCAGGAAGCCAACCAUUUCCUCAAAUUCGAGGCAUCCGUUGAAAAAUUACAAUUGCAUGGUUCAUUGAUCAAAUCUUCAAUCUCGGAACUCUAUGUUGAAUUGGAAAAACAACCAGAAAAGCUUGUAACCUUUAAAGUAAGAAGAUUUAUAAUGGCUCUUGAUCGUCUUUUAGAAGAUGUUCAGCAUGCCUUCAGGAGUUUUAAGCCAUAUGAGGAACUAUUUACUCAGUUUGUUGCAGCCUUUGCUGAGUUAUGCUGUUUGGAAGCAGUAAAGUGUGGAAAAGGACAAGAAACAACUUGGCACAAUCUAGCAAACUAUACUGUAAUAUCUGAGCCAGACAUAAGAUUUUUUAAAUGUGGACUUGAACAAAGGAAGACAGAUAGCAUGGUGACUGUGUUAGAGGUUUGCUUGAAUUUUUAUUUGUUUUCAUCUGAGUUAUGAUGCCUUUUUUUAAGCAUCAGGAGUUUACCAUAAUUUCUCAUUUUACAAUACAGCAGUAGAACUACCAUACAGGUACAUAUUUACUAUUGUGUAAAUUCAGAAAUUAUAGUAUGGAUUUAUUUUUGCAAUUGUUGAAAAAUUUACAAAAAUGUGAGGUUAAUUACUGCGAUUUCUACAAAC